CCUAUUGAGGGAGCUUGUGAGCACGGGCGCAUGCGCUCUCGGUGGUGCGCGGCGGAAAGAAGGGGCGGGGGCGUGGAGCGGAGAUUCGACCUGGCCUGAGCUCCGAGAGCGCGCGUGCGCAGUCGCGUGCUCAGGGCUGCCGGGACUCCGUGCGGGAUCUGGGGUGAGGCCGCUGUGCGGGGCCGCGGGGAUGUUCCGAAAAGCCCGGCGAGUGAACGUGCGCAAGCGGAACGACUCGGAGGAGGAGGAGCGGGAGCGCGAGGAGGAGCAGGAGCCACCACCGUUGCUGCCACCGCCGGCUACCGGCGAAGACCCGGGCCCUGGAGGUGGCGACCGGGCCCCCGGGAGCGAUUCGCUGCUGGGCCCGGGGCCGCCGCCGCCGCCGCCGCCGCCGUCGUCGUCUUCCACGCUCACCCCUGGCCUCGGGGCUGAGGCCGGGGGAGGCUUCCCCGGGGGCUCGGAGCCUGGCAACGGGCUGAAGCCGCGCAAGAGGCCUCGCGAGAACAAAGAGGUGCCCAGGGCCAGCCUGCUGAGCUUCCAGGACGAGGAGGAAGAAAAUGAAGAGGUUUUCAAAGUGAAGAAAUCAAGUUACAGCAAAAAGAUAGUAAAGUUGCUCAAGAAAGAAUACAAAGAAGAUCUUGAAAAAUCAAAGAUUAAGACAGAACUGAACUCAUCAACGGACAAUGAUCAGCCUCUGGACAAAGCAGGGCGCAUUAAGGAUGCAAGUCAAGAAGAUGGAGUUCUCAUCAGUGAGCAUGGGGAAGAUGAAAUGGAUAUGGAGAGUGAGAAGGAGGAAGAAAAGCCCAAGGCUGGCGGGGCAUUUUCAAAUGCAUUAUCUUCUUUGAAUGUUCUUCGUCCAGGAGAAAUUCCAGAUGCAGCGUUUAUACAUGCUGCAAGAAAAAAGCGUCAAAUGGCCCGGGAACUAGGGGAUUUCACUCCUCAUGAUAAUGAGUCAGGUAAAAGCCGUCUUGUCCGAGAAGAUGAGAAUGAUGCCAGCGAUGAUGAAGAUGAUGAUGAGAAACGCCGUAUAGUUUUUUCUGUGAAAGAAAAGUCACAAAGACAAAAAAUUGCCGAGGAAAUAGGGAUUGAGGGGAGUGAUGAUGAUGCUUUAGUCACUGGAGAACAAGAUGAAGAGCUCAGCCGCUGGGAACAGGAGCAGAUAAGAAAAGGAAUUAAUAUUCCUCAGGUUCAAGCAAGUCAGCCCACAGAAGUGAAUAUGUACUACCAGAACACGUACCAGACAAUGCCUUAUGGUUCAUCCUAUGGCAUACCAUAUAGUUAUACGACUUAUGGAUCAUCAGAUGCUAAAUCUCAAAAAUCAGAUAACACAGUCCCUUUCAAAACUCCCAGUAAUGAGAUGACUCCCGUUACUAUUGAUUUGGUAAAGAAACAGCUUAAAGACAGGUUGGAUUCCAUGAAAGAAUUGCACAAAACAAAUCGACAGCAGCAUGAGAAACACCUGCAAAGCCGAGUGGACUCUACGAGGGCUAUUGAAAGAUUAGAAGGGUCUUCUGGGGGUAUUGGUGAACGGUAUAAAUUUUUGCAAGAAAUGCGAGGGUAUGUCCAAGACUUGCUUGAGUGUUUCAGUGAAAAGGUGCCACUGAUUAAUGAACUUGAAUCAGCAAUACAUCAGCUGUACAAACAGCGAGCUUCUCGCCUUGUCCAAAGACGACAAGAUGAUAUUAAAGAUGAAUCUUCGGAGUUUUCAAGCCAUUCAAAUAAAGCUCUGAUGGCACCAAAUCUUGAUUCCUUUGGGCGAGAUCGGGCACUGUAUCAAGAGCAUGCAAAACGUCGGAUUGCAGAGCGAGAGGCCAGGAGAACUCGUCGAAGACAAGCCAGAGAGCAAACCGGGAAGAUGGCAGAUCACCUUGAAGGCCUUUCCAGUGAUGAUGAAGAAACGUCUACAGAUAUUACUAAUUUCAAUCUGGAGAAAGAUCGCAUUUCAAAAGAGUCCAGCAAGAUCUUUGAAGAUGUCCUUGAGAGUUUCUACUCAAUUGACUGUAUUAAAUCACAAUUUGAAGCAUGGCGUUCAAAAUACUACAUGUCCUACAAGGAUGCUUACAUUGGUCUUUGUUUGCCAAAGUUGUUCAAUCCACUCAUUAGACUUCAGCUCCUCACUUGGACUCCUCUUGAGGCAAAAUGUCGUGACUUUGAGAACAUGUUGUGGUUUGAAUCUUUGCUAUUUUAUGGUUGUGAAGAACGAGAGCAAGAAAAAGAUGAUGUAGACGUUGCUCUGCUACCUACCAUUGUGGAGAAGGUGAUUCUUCCUAAACUAACAGUGAUAGCUGAAAAUAUGUGGGACCCAUUUUCUACAACACAGACUUCAAGAAUGGUUGGAAUUACGCUAAAAUUAAUAAGUGGCUAUCCUUCAGUAGUGAAUGCAGAAAACAAAAACACCCAGGUAUACCUAAAGGCACUUUUAUUGAGAAUGAGAAGAACUUUAGAUGAUGAUGUAUUCAUGCCCUUAUAUCCCAAAAAUGUCUUAGAAAAUAAAAAUUCUGGGCCUUACUUGUUUUUUCAACGACAGUUUUGGUCUUCAGUUAAGCUAUUGGGAAAUUUUCUUCAGUGGUAUGGCAUUUUUUCAAAUAAAACACUGCAGGAGUUAUCAAUAGAUGGUUUAUUAAAUAGAUACAUCCUUAUGGCCUUUCAGAAUUCAGAAUAUGGAGAUGACAGCAUCAAAAAAGCCCAAAAUGUAAUAAAUUGUUUCCCCAAACAGUGGUUCAUAAAUCUGAAAGGAGAAAGAACUAUUUCUCAAUUAGAAAACUUUUGCCGAUACCUUGUACAUUUAGCAGAUACAAUUUACAGGAAUAGCAUUGGAUGCUCUGAUGUGGAAAAAAGAAAUGCAAGGGAAAACAUAAAACAGAUAGUAAAACUUCUUGCCAGUGUUCAUGCCUUGGAUCAUGCUACAUCUGUUGCAAGUGAUCACAAUGUAAAGGAAUUUAAGUCAUUGGUUGAAGGAAAAUAGAUCUGUGAGACUGGAAAGCUUAUUUGCUUUUAAUAUCAUUCCUAGUGUAUAAAUUUUGUAAAUAUGUAAAGUUUCUUAAAUUGUAAAAUACUAAUUCUCAUUUUAAUACAAAAAUCCAUUAUAUUCAAUACUGUGUCCUUAAAUGCAGUUUCUUCAGAAUGAAAGGAAUUCAGAUUAUUUCUAGGAGUCUAUGAAUGUUUUCCUUACUGCCUGUCAUACUUUGUUUACAAAAGUAUUUUGUAUGGUCAUUCAAAUUUACCCUCUCAUUUAACUGUCCUCUAUAAACGAUGUGUGCAGUGUAAAUUAUGUAAUUAUGCAUAUAUAUACAUAUAUAUAUAUAUUUAUACCACCAUGGACCUUGACACUGGAAAUGUGUGGUGUUUUUCUACAGAGGAAGCCUUUAACAGCAGAAAAUGAUCCAGUAGCAAAUUGUCUUAGAAAAAUUUUGUUGCAACAAAAGGGCUGGCAAGUGACUAAAUAAAUGUUCAUCUCCUUGGUUAGCCUUGCUGUCACUCUAGCUGUGCUGCCUUAAAUUGAGAGUUUAGUUAUGGACUUAGUCAUUGAGUGAAUGUUGACCUUUCUUCAUUGAAUCAUCACUGUAGGCAAUUGUGGGUUUAAUGUGAACUCAAAAUAAUAUAUGCAAUAUAGAUUCAGGUGGAGCAUAGAAUUUUUAUAAGCCCACAAUCUAACUGCAUGGUUUAAACUGACUGUCCUGUCUCAUACAUUUUUAUUUUUUUACUCCCUGCCAAGAUUACAGAUACAUGCAUUUGAAUUUUAGUAGUCUUAUCAUAUUUUAAAUCCCACAUAUGUGAGUUAUAUAUGCAAUAAAGAAUACGCCUUGCUGAUUAGCCACACACAGGCAAUUUAAUAUCCAUGGUCUUCUAUAAUGUUUAUACCACGUUGUAAAUAUUCAGAGAACUUGUUUUAAAGUUUAUGCUUUCUGAUUCUGUGAUUUUCAAAAGAGGAACUUUUUGGAAAUUAAGGACUAUUGUUUGAUAAUUAUACAUGUAAUUAAGCUUUAGCCAAGCAUUAAAUUAAUUUUUAAGUAUA